AUGUCCAAUGGCAGCAAUAAGCAUCUCAACGCAGAUUAUAAAGUUUUGAAAAUCUGCAGCUUCCUUAUAUUUUACCUGCCAAUAUGUGAGAAACACAACGGACUUGAUUAUGAUAAACUUGGGAACUGGAUUGAAUGGCUCAAGCAAGUCUCUGCAAGCCACAUAAAACAAGGCCAGAGCAUAAAGUGCCACCGAGUACGAGAACGUAUAGAUUAUGGUGAGGUAAAGAUAGGAUUGCAAGGGGUUGAAAUUUCCAUCUUCAUAUUUCCCUUUCGCGUAAAGUACCAAAGUAACUACAACCAGAAUGGGCUUCAGAAUCACAAACUGCAAACACCCUUGUUUGCACCUCCGAAUAAAUCGGCUGCAUAG